AUAUGUAGGAUCCCAGUGGUCAACUCUACCUGAAUCAAUGUUCCUGUAAUUCAUUUUCACCUGUUGAACUGACUACUGAGAUUCAAGGAACCUGUAUGUUCUGAAACAGUGAAACAAGACUAGAUCCCAGACAUUCAGAUCUCCAUGGAAAGAUCUUUUGUUCAUAAUCAGAAAAUGGCUAAAACAGGGGAAAGCUUGAGAGAGAAUCCUAGAUGGAGUCUUGGAGGCAUGACCGCUCUUGUAACAGGUGGCUCCAAAGGCAUCGGAUUUAUAUGGAUCUUUAGAUUGUAUUUCGAUGCUUAAUCUGGACAUCCCUGGAUCGGAUAAGAGAAUAGGUUGAUGAUGUAUAAACCAAAAAUGUAUAUCUGUGCUAUAAAUAGAGAAGCUGUGGUAGAGGAACUAGCUAUGCUGGGAGCAAGAAUCCACACAUGUGCCAGAGACGAAACUCAGCUUCAAGAAAGCUUACGUAAAUGGCAAGCAAAAGGGUUUCAGGUUACCACAUCUGUCUGCGACGUUUCUUCUCGUGAGCAACGAGAGAAACUCAUGGAAACUGUUUCUUCUGUUUUCCAGGGAAAGCUCAACAUCCUCGUAAACAAUGUGGGAGCGUGUAUAGUCAAGCCGACGUUAAAGUACACAGAGGAAGAUUUCUCAGUUACAAUGGCUACGAAUCUCGAGUCAGCUUUUCAUCUCUCACAACUCGCGCACCCUUUGUUGAAAGCCUCUGGUUCAGGGAGCAUCGUACUCAUAUCCUCAGUAUCUGGAGUUGUGCAUGUGAAUGGUGCAUCCAUCUACGGAGUUAGUAAAGGAGCUAUGAAUCAGCUAGGAAGAAACUUAGCAUGCGAGUGGGCAAGUGACAGCAUAAGGGUUAACUCUGUGUGUCCAUGGUUCAUAGCAACUCCUUUAGUUAAUGAUGUUCUCAGUAAUGAUGAGUUCAGAAAUGAAGUGGAGAGUAGGGCACCAAUGGGACGUGUUGGGGAAGCAAAUGAAGUCUCAUCGCUUGUGGCAUUUCUAUGUCUUCCUGCAGCUUCUUAUAUAACAGGUCAAACCAUUUCUGUUGAUGGAGGUUUCACUAUUAAUGGCUUCUCUUACAAGCCUCAAAUCUUAAGGCGGCGUCUAUUGUUUCCGUUUACGUUUAUUAUCAAAUUGUUCUUUUUUUUUUUUGACAGGUUUAUUAUCAAAUGUUUUAUAUAACAUUUUCAGUGUAUUGUGAUCACAAUUUUUGUGUCUUAAUUCUUGACUAAAAUGUUUGUAAAAUUAUCAUAAAUAAACUCACAAUUUAAAGUUUG